AUGGACACAGAGUUCAAUCGCGUCUCGCCCAGGUCCAUGAAAGACCGUUUGAGCAUUUCUCAUGACUCUCAAUACGAGAAUCAAAAUGGCUGGCUAAGACUGCGCCAUACCGACCCCAGGCCACGUAAAGGAGGUAGAGGUAAAAGGGUCCGAUGGGGACCUAUCACACGAUCUCCGGUACGGGCCACAAAGCGUGCCGGCGAAGAUCGUUGCAUAUGCAGUCUAGUCGUGUCGUACCCUGUUGGCCUCGAACGCUUCCCGACCGCGCAGAUGCAUGCAGGAUGGCCUGGUGCUUGCGAGCCAGAAGUGCCCCUAGGUGGAGGCGGCGCUGGCUGA